AUGGCCGCCUUCCUGUCCGACAGGCUUCAGCCGCUGUCUGCCGUCACCCACAACCUCCCGCCUUUCAUCCGCGACCCAGCCGUCGCACUCCUCGGACAGGAAUGCUACACGGCGCUUGUCUGGAACCUCGACCUGACCUCUGAGUACUGCCUCAAGCUCGGGCUGUCAAAGGGACUCGGCCUGGCGAUGGUUGCGGGCGGCGCCAUCCUCAAACUCCCGCAAAUCAUCACCGUCGUCCGGAGCGGGAGCGCGAGGGGGCUUAGCUUGAGCAGUUAUGUCCUCGAUACGGUUGCGACGGGCAUUACGGUCGCGUACAACGUCAGGAACGGCUUCCCCUACUCGACUUGGGGUGAAAUGGCGUUCCUCCUCGCUCAGAACGCCGUCCUGAUCGUCCUCAUCACGUCGUACUCGGCGCGCCCGACUCUGCCCCGACUCGCACCCCUCGUCGUCCUCUUCUCGACGCUCGCCUAUGCCCUUUCCAACACCUCCCUCGUUCCCUCCUCAACCCUCUCUUUCCUCCAAACCCUGACAAUCCCCAUCUCGCUCUCCUCCAAGGUCCCCCAGAUCCUCUCCAACUUCCGCAACCGCUCGACCGGCCAACUCUCCGCCUUCCUCGUCUUCAACUCGCUCGCGGGAUGCCUCGCGCGUGUCUUCACCACUCGCACCGAGACGAGCGACCCGCUCCUCUUCUGGGGCUUCCUCCUCAGCGCCCUCUUGAACGCCGUCAUCGCCAUUCAAAUGCUCGUCUACCCUUCGGACGCCCGCUCCGCGAGCAAGCGCGACAUCGAGCGCCCCGUCGAGCUCCUCGGCGACAAGGUCAAGUCUGCGACGGGCGUCGCGCAGCACGACAUCGCCUCGGCCGCGCAUGUCGCGCAGGAAAAGGUCGCCGCGUACUCGACGCCGGUCAAGCAGGCGGUCGGUGCGGGACCGAAGAGGACAGCCAGUCCGGCCAGCUCGGGAUCUGCGAGGCGUUACGUACGCAAGAUGGAGUAG